GCUAUUAGUAUUAUCGAUGUAUCUAUGUUCUGGUGCGCAAAAUAACACUAUACUCUCAAUUCGCUUUUUCACAACCAGUGACAAUGUAGCCUUCGGUCAAAUGCGUUUAGGCGUCCAUAAUGAGAAAAUGCGUCUUCCUCGAGUUCUUUGUUGGUCUCUCACUCUGUAGUAUGAGUGCACUGAAGGACCACCUGCCAGCAACCUAUUGAGGCCUCACAGGAAAACGAUUUUUGUUGCCGGAGCUCUUGUGCGAAAGUCGCAAGAAGUGGCACUGCCGUCUCCUUCUUCGGCCUGAUUGGGACUCGAGCUGUGGCAGGCGGGAAACAAAGGAUUCAAGAUAAUGGGCGCGUACUAGUCCUACUCCUAGCACUUCUUCGACGCGGUUGGAACUACAUCCGGGCAGCUGCGCUUGAUUCAUUCUGCGCUGGUGGAGCGCCGCUCAAAACAACGAGGAAACGCGGCAGAGCAGAAGCGGCACUGGCUACAGGUACCAUGCGGAAUUAGAGGAGCCCGGCCUGUCCAGCACCCUCGGCAGCGUGAUCCAGAGUUUUCCUGAUUUGGGCGGGAACCUCCACUUUGUGCCACUGCCGGUAUCAAGUACAAAUAUGUCUGGGUGGUGUGGAAGACUGCAAGAUUUGUCAUGCACCUUGCGGACCACACACAUGAUCUCGAAUGCACGCAAAAGCCCCAGGAGAAGUCUGCCUUUGCCCUAGCAAGGAUUGAGGAACUUUUUGCGGUCAUGCAACGCAGAUUUUUUUGCGUUUGAGAUUUUGCAUGACGAGUUAUAUCCUUCCAGACCCAGAUGGCAUAUUUGCAAAGCAUAGCUGGGGUGGGCUGACGAUGUCGGCAGCAACAGGGAGG